AGUCACUUCUUUUGCCAGAUUUAUAAACUUAGCUGUUCAUUAUAUAAUACCUACUUUGUACACGAGGCAACGAGACAGUAAAUUUAUUGUCUAUGAGUCGUUACCUUGAAAAAUUACAUCAAUGCAAAGUGAUUGCCUUUUAGCCUCUAUAGCCAAUACAUUUGAUUUUUUUUUUUAUUUUAGAGGGGGUGGUAUGAGAUCAUAGGAUAAUAUAUAUAGUCGCUGAUCACAGAAUGAGAAAGAGCAAAUUGCAAGUUCUGGACAAGAGAAGCCGAGGAGGAGGACUUCUGUCUCUUGCCAGUCAUGUACAAGCUGGCUUCCUGCUGCCUGCUUCUCAUAGGAUGUUUGAGCCCUCUCUUCUCUCUCCCUGUCCUUGACUCCAGGGAGCAGCCCUUGCAGCUCUCAGCCCCCGAUGAGGAUUCAAGGUCAGCCUCGGGCGAACUGGAGAGCGUGUCCCUUCUGCAGAGGCUGCCGGGGCUGCUGGGCGCAGUGAGAGGCAAUGGUCUCAGCGAAGCAGAUCCCAGCAUGAAUGUUUUUAACACAAGAGGAAGUAUGAGAAAGUUUCAGGCUUUCUCUGGACAAGAUCCCGACAUUUUACUGAGUCGUAUUCUGGCCAGAAUGAGGAAACAUAAGAAACGCAGCUCUCCCUCUGAAUGCUUCUGGAAAUACUGUGUCUAAAGUACAACGAACAUCUAUGGAUCAACUCAAAACCACCAUCUUAGAAAAUUAAGAAUAAAAAUGCUUGAUCUGAAAACAGUAUAGAAGAGAAACUAGACGAAUUAUACUCUGUUCAUUAUUGUUUGGAAAAUAAAUCUAUGUUUCGCAAAUAUCAUGAGUGGCUAUUUUACUUAUAAACACACCCUAAAAAUCUAUAAUUCUUCUUUCCAUCAAUUUAUCCUUAAAAAAUUCUGAAAAAUUAAAAGUAAAGCUAAUAAACAAAGUAAAUGCUCAGUAAAAGUCAUAAAAUUUUGUUAAACCAUUUCAUUAACUGUAUUAUCUUAGCUACGAUAUCCUCUCGACCCUCAAAAAUGACAUUAAGUUUUUACUUUAAAAAAAUCAGUAUCUCAGUUUGGAAAGCACUCUAAGUGAAGGCUGCCGAAGGGUGAGGGCUGGGAGCUGUCUGCACUCUCGGGUCUGGUGGCGCGCAGAGCCCGUCCCCAAGCCCCAUGCCCAGAGCCCCUGUCCCCAAGCGGGCCAUGGGGCUGGACGCUCGGCAACCUGCACCUCUGCACGCCGAGACCUGCUCCGUCUCGCACCUGUGCGCUCGCGGGUCACGGCUCGCUCGAGCUGGAGAAGCGCCUUCGCCUUCGUAGCCUGCUUCUUGCAGAGUAGAAAGCUGAGCUGGGAUUUAAUUGCAAAACGGAAGAAAAGCCGGGUUAACGUUUAACGAGCACCUACAUGUGUGCACGUUCCCUGGCAGCCUUCGCACGUCUAUGCCAGGGUAGCCUGCUCGGAUGGGCACAGCGCACACACUGUCCGCUCCAAGAACCCGCCUCGGGGACAGCCAGCUUCCAACGACGGCCCUGAGCGUCCCUGCCACCCUGCUGCCGAAGCACCCAGUCCGGGAGAGACGGACGGAAGGGUUGGGCCACGCCCACCUGCCACACGAGACAGCCAUCCUGUCAACACGCACCGGAUGUCUUCAGGAGCGCGGGUCCCACAGAGCCUUCGCUGGCCUCGCUGAACUCACCGAGGUCACCUGCAGGAGAAGACACGUGAGCGCUGCAGGAACACCAGGGCAUCGCCCACGGCCGAAAUGAAACUGCCCUGGGUAGCGACUACUGUGGGUUUACAAGGCCGGGGAGUAGCAGGUGGAAUCCGGGGCGCAUAACACUAAGAUCCCUCCACAUUUCAGUGACGUUCGGCUGUCACCCUCCCAUGUGGGGCUCAGGUCAGACACCAGGCCCCGGGCCCGGCCCCACAGCGCCCGCUGGG